AAGUCUCGCCGCCAAGCCUCGCGAGAGGACAUGUCCGCGGUAACGGCGGCGAGAGAGGGUUCACCAGAGGCCUUUUGAUUGUAAGGGGAUACGAUUUUGAGUGAUUUAUUACUGAGGGUUGCAGACAAGAAUUCAUUUUGGGAGAUUUGAGUUGGACGUGCUUUUGGGGGUUCCAUAAGAUGUCAUAUAGCUGCUUGAACACAAUGGAACACUUGGGAACAGCGGACCCAGAAGAUGAUUCAGGAUCAUUGCCGCGCCUUGCACCUAGUCCCCACAGUGAGGCGGUAGCUCACGAAUUCCAGGAACUCUCUCUGCAACCCAUCCAGUGUUUGCCUCCCCUUAACGAAAGGAAGAAUGUACUUCAACUGAGGCUACAGCAACGGCGGACGCGAGAGCAGCUGGUGGACCAGGGAAUCAUGCCACCUUUGAAGAGCCCAGCUGCAUUCCAUGAGCAGAUAAAGAGCUUGGAAAGAGCCAGGACUGAAAAUUUUCUGAAGCAUAAGAUACGCAGUAGACCAGAUCGAUCUGAGUUGGUCAGAAUGCACAUUCUGGAAGAGACAUUUGCAGAACCUUCUCUGCAGGCGACUCAGAUGAAACUGAAGCGGGCCCGGCUGGCAGAUGACCUGAACGAGAAGAUAGCUCAGAGGCCUGGCCCGAUGGAACUUGUGGAAAAAAACAUCCUUCCUGUUGACUCCAGUGUUAAAGAAGCCAUUAUAGCAGUUGGUCAGGAGAACUAUCCUCAGGCUUUGGAGGAUUUCUCAUUCGAUGAGGACAGCAGUGAUGCUUUGUCUCCCGAUCAGCCUGCCAGUCAGGAGUCCCAGGGCUCAGCGGCAUCCCCUGGUGAGCCCAAAGCGAGGGAAGCACCAUCCCCCGUCCCACCAGCCGCCUCCACUAACCAGUAUCUUCUGUUAGCAUCAUCAGUAUCUGAAUUUCUGAAGCCAUCUGCUGCAGAUCCGCACACUACACAUCCAACUACCGCUGCUCCUCUUACCACAAAUACUGUGUCUACAGUGAAACACUGCAGUGGGCCAACUCUGGUAAAGCAACCUCACCCCAAGAACCCGAGUGACAAGCCCCGGAGCAAGAAAUCCAAAGACCCCAAGCCCAGAGUGAAGAAGCUCAAGUACCACCAGUACAUCCCCCCAGACCAGAAAGGUGAGAAGACCGAGCCGCAGAUGGACUCCAACUAUGCCCGCUUGCUCCAGCAGCAGCAGCUUUUCUUGCAACUGCAGAUCCUGAGCCAACAGCAACAGCACUACAACUAUCAGACGAUUCUUCCUGCCCCGCUCAAGCCGGUGAAUGACAAUCAGAGCACCAGUGGGAAUGGACAACUGACCGCUUUGAACAGUAGUACAUUGUCAACUGCAGCCAGCACUCAAAGACAGAACAAUACUAUCUCCAAUAGAAAACCAGGACCUCUGCCUCCUAGCCUGGAUGACUUAAAGGUGGCUGAACUGAAAAUGGAACUAAAGCUAAGGGGAUUACCUGUGUCCGGAACUAAAAUGGAUCUUAUUGAACGUUUGAAACUCUAUCAGGAUCCUAAUAAUAAUUCUGUCAGCACAAGCAGUGCACCAGCCGCUAACAAUAUAAGUAAUCCCGGGGAAGUGGCUGCCGCAGUCCCUGUCAGUGCAUUAAAUAAGCCAACAGUUACUUCUGUUCGCUGCUUUUCUUCGGAAAACCCAUCUACCGGAACUGGCAGCAAAUCAACCUAUAUGGAAUGCCUCAGUUCCUCUCUGCCCAUUUCCCCAUCUCCUUCAGAGCAGUCGAAUCGUAGCACAGAUGACACUAACAUGGCGGACACUUUAACCGAAAUCAUGACUCUGAUGUCACCACCACAUCUCCCGGGCAUGUCACCUGUUAGAGCAUCUGCCGGUGAAGAUGGCCACAUUGGUGGGAGUGCACCAAGUACCGAACUGGCAGCGGCCGAAAAGGACCGCAAGCUUAAAGAGAAAGAGAAGCAAAUUGAAGAGCUCAAGAAAAAACUGGAACAAGAGCAGAAGCUGGUGGAAGUGCUGAAAAUGCAGCUCGAAGUGGAAAAAAGGGGUCACCAGCAGCCGUCCCAGACCCCUGCAAGUUCAGCGGCACCCACUUUGAAUCGGAAGCAUGGCAGCCCCGCAGUCAAAGAGGAAGGUGCUUUAGCGGACUGCUCUGACGGAAGACAAUCACUGUCUGAAGCCGGCCAAUCUUUGGGACAACCUGCCUCAGUGGGAGUCCAGAAUCUCAUUGCCAAAAAGGCUCUUGUUAUCAAGCAGGAGGUUCCUUUGGCCAAAGCGGAACCCCAGAACAUCAUAUCUCAGUUUUACGUAAGCUCGCACAGGCAGCCUCAGACAGCCAUGGUGGCUCAGCCACAGGCUGUACUUACUGCACAAGGAACAGCACAACUGCUUUUGCCGCUCUCUCUCCAGGGUCCAAAUCCAGCCACCUCAGUGCAGCUCCCCGUGGGCAAUGUCCAAGUACAGGCUCCACCACAACCAGGAAUUCUAAACGUGGCACAAAUAUCGACUUCUUCCGGCUUGGUCCAGAACGUGCCGCAGAUGCACGCUUCACCCCCUAAACCAGACAGUCCCCAACAGCAUGUGCUUGGUCAGACACCACAGAACAGAAAGGUAUUUCCUUCUACCUCACCCAAUGCAAUGUUCUCCUAUCAAAAUCAAUCUGUGACAACCUUCCAGCAGCCUUUGUUUAGUCAGGCGUCAAGUGCAACCAUUCACUCAGGAAGCCAAGUGCAAAAUGGACCCAGUGCUCCUCAGAAGCCUGCCUCUCCACCUCAGUCCCAGCAGUAUGGCAUGCAGCAGCCUCUGUUCAGCCCUUCGGUAACCAAGGCAAAAGACCCCCCACGCUACGAAGAAGCCAUAAAACAGACGCGCAGUGUGCAGGCUUCUCAACGAGAGAUGUCCAGCGCACACAGCCAGCAGAUGGAUGACCUCUUCGAUAUUCUCAUUAAGAGUGGAGAGAUUUCCCUGCCUACCAAGGAAGAACCUCCUCUUAUUUCCAAAAUGAGACCAGUCACCGCCAAUAUCACCACAAUGCCAGUGAACACAGUGGUGUCUCGCCCGCCACCCCAGGUCCAAAUGGCCCCUCCCCUCUCCUUAGUUUCAACGAGCAAUUUCUCUAUCUGUCUGGAGAACCAGCUGGAAGCACUCUUGGAAGGAACCUUACCUGCAGGGAAUGAAAUGCCUCCAAUGGGCAGCAGUAACGAGGACAGAGAACCUUUCUCUCUCAUUGAGGACCUUCAGAAUGACCUUCUUAACCAUUCAGGCAUUAUAGACCAUUCACAGUCGCCCAUGGAAACAUCUGAUUCGCAGUUCACAACUACGAAUUCCUGUUUAUCUCUCGAUCUUCCAGACACAAAUUUAGAUAACAUGGAAUGGCUGGAUAUUACCAUGCCAAACAGUUCGUCAGGGUUGACUCCUCUCAGCGCAACGGCUCCGAGUAUGUUUUCGACAGAAUUCCUCGACCCCCAGGACCUGCAGUUGCACUGGGACUAACUGCACAGG